AUGUGGCAUAGGAAGGUAUCAAAAGACCUUCCGACAAUCGCGAAGUAUGAGCGCGCAGUUGUGUUACAUGUCACUACUUCUGAAUACUGUGUCUUCAUUAUUGAAAAAAAAGUGAAAAACAGAUGGCAAAAUAGAGACAUCGAAACAGAGGGUCGAAAAUAUACUGUCAUCGAGUCUUAUGGUGUUCCGUUCCAGGGAUUCACAGCAACGUCGAAGAAUGUGAAUCGAACAUUGGGUGAUCUGAAAAAGGCCGAAGAGGUAAAGCACAUGGACCCAGUAGCGGAAAAGAUUUACAACUGGACAGGCGGUAAGGAACGGAAUAUAAGAGCUCUUCUUAGCUCAUUGAAUGAUGUCCUCUGGGAGGGAGCAGAGAAUUGGCAGCAACCACGAAUGGGAGAUUUACUGAGUGCAUCACAGGUGAAAAGGAGCUACUACAAAGCGUGUCUGGUUGUACAUCCCGAUAAGCAAGUCGGUGAACCGCAUGAGAUGUUGGCAAGAGCGAUCUUCACUGAGCUGAAUGACGCAUGGAACGCCUUUGAGCAAGAGGGUAGUAAGUCGCUGUAG